AUGGAAGAUUCUACUAGUAAUAGUACUCUCUCUAGUAGUACUCUAAAUAGUACUACUCUAAAUAGUACUAAUACUACUAAUAGUACUCCCAAUCUUCCUACUACUAUUACUACUAAGGAUACUACUAAUGGAAAUGUGAAUAUGGAAAUGAUGAAUGAAAUAACUAAUGAACAUGGUAUGAUUGCUAAAGAAAUAGUUUAUAAUUCUAUACUUUCUGGUGAUUUCACUCCUAAAAAUUUUCAUACCAAUUCCAAUAUUAAUAAUAAUAUUGUAAGAUCAAAUAGUACUAAAAGUCUUAAUAAUUUUAAAAUUAAUUCACCAAUUAAAUUUAAUACUAAUCCAGGAUUAAUAAAAAUUAAUUCUAAUAAUGAACUUUUUAAAACUUUUACAUCAAAUAUUUCUAAUGAUUUAACUCAUACUAAUACCAACAGUAGUAUUAAUAGUAUUGGUAUUAGUGGUAUUAGUAGUAUUAGUAGUAUUGGACCUGACACCGUAACAGAAGAUAUACAAAUCGCUCCUAAUAAUAUAAAUUUGAAUGAAGUAUAUUUGAAUAAUGAAGUAUAUUUGAAUAUAUAUGAUUUGGAGAAGAUAAAUUAUUAUGUGAAUAGUAUGGCGAAUAGUAUGGGUAUAGGUGCAUAUCAUGCAGGUAUAGAGAUAUAUGGUACAGAAUAUAAUUAUGGAUAUAAUCCGAAAGGUGGUACUGGUAUAACAAGUACAAUACCUAAAUUUCAUCCUUAUCAUAAAUAUCGUAAAACUAUAAAUCUUGGUAAAACCAAAUUUACACCACUACAAGUACAAAAUAUCAUACAAAAUAUGAAAUCUUAUUGGAUUGCAUAUGAUUAUAAUAUAUUACAUCGAAAUUGUUUGAAUUUUGCAAAAGAAUUGAGUGAAAGAUUAGAAGUUGAUGAAAUACCAGAAUGGGUAAUGGGAUUACAAAAUAAAAUAAAUUGGACCAAAAAAAAUAUAAACAAAGGAACAAAUAAAUUAAAAGUUUAUAAUCUUUUUUUCUCCAAAAGUAAUUUUUUUCCAACUAAUUUCUACAGUAAAUUCUUCUCAUUCUCUAGUAAAUUCUUCACUAAAUUCUCUAAUUUCAUCUAG